AUGCCAAGACGUAGCGUAAGUACGCAGCGGCGCGACGUGCGCGAUGCGCGGUAUCGCGACCCGCUGGCGGGACGGUUCAUCAACAGCAUGCUGUUGCGCGGCAAGAAGUCGCUGGCAGCGCGUACCUUCUAUCAGGCGCUUGAUUACCUGGACGGCAAGGGAGAGGGAGAGCCGAUCGACGAUGUUCCGCAAGGCGAUGAACAACGUCAAGCCGAUGCUGGAAGUGAAGUCCCGUCGGGUCGGCGGCUCCACCUACCAGGUGCCCGUGGAGGUUCGCGAAGAACGGCAGCUCGCGCUGGCGAUUCGCUGGCUGCUGCAGUUCGCCGGGCGCGUCGCGGGCGUUCGAUGGCCGAGCGUCUGGGCGCUGAGCUUCUGGACGCGUACAACAACACCGGUUCGGCCGCCAAGAAGAAAGAGGACACGCACCGGAUGGCCGAGGCCAACCGGGCGUUCGCGCACUACCGCUGGUAA